CUCGUCUCGCUUCUCUGCGACGCUGAGGAAAUCUCCGAUCUCUGCAAACCCUCGAUGAAGUUCUCCGCCGAUUAACAACUGUGCUAUGCCUAUAUCCUCCCUCCUCAUGAGGUUCGAGCCAGGAUCCCAAUCGUCGUUGUUCUCAAUUUCCCCAAGAUCUUCAACUCUCCCGAUCCGAAAAUCUCAGAUCUACCUAACGACAACUUUCCUCAAUUCUCAGCUAUUAACCACAUAUUUUGCAAGCUAAUGGAUUGAGUUUCCCUAGAUCGCACAUAAUCGCACAUAACUAUUACUUUUUGUGUACUGUUUGGUUGAUGAGAAACCUACGGACGGAAAAUGUAGGAUUCCUAUGAUUUGCGUGGUUUUGCUUUUGAAAGAUGAUGAUUGUUGCUUGAAUUUGUUGUCGUUAUUUGGCAGAUUUCUGACAAAUCGGCCUAAAAUUUUCUAGUAGUUACUGUUUUUUCUAAUUAGUAUUUUUUGUUCAAAACGCACAUAAUGAUGCAUAAUAAUUCGUUUUUGUGUAUUUGUUUGUCGAUUUGGUUGGUUGAUGAGAAACCUGCUGACGGAAAUGUACGAUUUCUAUGUUUGGAUUUUCACGAAUGAUAACUGUUAUUAGAAUUUGUUAUAGCCUUGUAGGUUUAUCACAGAUUUUACAACCAAUCAGGCUAAAUUUCUGCAUUUCCUGUCGUGGCCACUGCACCAUAACAGGGUUGCCGGUGGAUUGCAACCCUGAUCUAUGGAAUCUUAACAAAGAGUAAGGUAUUAA